AUGCCGUUGGAUUACAAAGACAAGGAGAAAUAUGAAGAUGUUCGCAACAGAGCUUUUAAACUUUUUUGUGAAAAUGCAUUUUGGGCUGAGUUAAAAUUGUCUGAAUCUACAAUUGAAAAGCUUAAUGCAGCUGGAAUGUGGCAUGAAAAUUGGAAUUCUGUUGCUUAUGUUAGCCAAUGUAUUAUGCGUUUAAAUUCUUGGAGAAUUAGAGAAAUGAAUGAAGAACAAAAACAACAGCGAGAAGAAACGACUGGAGGACAGGAGAAAUCGGAACAAAUGGAAAUUAAAGAACCGAAGAAAGUGGAGCUUCCAGAAUAUUUUGUCUUUACAUUGCCAUAUCUUCCUCCACGUUAUGCUUGUGUUGCUUUAUUCAAUGAAGGACUUUUUCAUGGUCAAAUUUCUAACUCAAAAUCAAAGGCAAAAGCUUGUUGUGCUGUAGUUAUUGCACAACAUUUGAUUGAAAAGGGUUGGACUAAUCUUGGUAAGAAGAAAGUUGGACGUCCAAAAUCUGUUAAAAGCCGGCCUACUCAAAAGAAGCGAAAGAAGGAACCGUCGGAGGUUUUUUUAUUAAAGAAAAUUUUUUUAUUAAUCAGUGGGAAUGAUGGAAGAUCUUUUAAAGUUAGGGGAAAAAUAAUGGCUCUUGUUCAUCGACUUUUACACGUCCAGUUUAUAUGUCUAAUCAAUUUUGACAAUCCAUGGCGAUAG